AUGACAAGCCCUGAGCAAGAUCGCAAAGAGCUCGUCGAGUGGCAGAGGAAUCCACCCGCAGGGUUCAAACACAAGGUCACUGAUAAUCUCCAGAGAUGGAUAAUUGAAGCAAUCGGAGCUCCGGGAACUCUGUACGCGAACGAUACGUAUCAGCUUCAAGUUGAUUUUCCAGAGCAUUAUCCUAUGGAAUCGCCGCAAGCGAGUGUGAUUUUUCUUCCUCCGGCUCCUCUGCAUCCUCAUAUUUAUAGCAAUGGCCAUAUUUGCUUAGAUAUUCUGUAUGAUUCGUGGUCUCCAGCCAUGACCGUGAGUUCUAUCUGCAUCAGCAUCCUCUCCAUGCUCUCAAGCUCAACCGAAAAGCAACGACCCAUCGAUAAUGAUCGAUAUGUGAAGAAUUGUAAGAACGGAAGGUCUCCUAAGGAGACUCGAUGGUGGUUCCACGACGAUAAAGUAUAA